GCACUUUGCUAAUUUCGCCUCGCGGCAGCGACCACGAGUCGACCCCACGUCCACGAGGCAAAAGUCGCUCCGUUUCCGCGCGCGCCAAACCGAGAUAAUGAUCGCGCGUUGCGCUCGUAAACAACAAGGGCUGCGUCGUUUGUACAACUCGACUCGACUCGCAGUAGUCGAGUGUCCGCCGAGCCGCGUGCACGAGCCGCCGCGCCGCUGCAACUGAACCCGCCAUCGCAUCCCCGAUCGAGUGCAACGGAGUAUCGACGCCCCGGCAAUGGCAUCGCCCAGCGAACGCAUGGCCAAGCCGAGCCAGGACAGCGUCAUCUACAUGGACGAGUUGACGAGCGGCCACUCGAGGUCGCGCUCACCGGCCUCGAGGUCGGCCAGUCCCUCGAUCCGUCUCUCGUCGCGUCCCGCCUCGCCCGUCGUCCUCGACGAGUCGCAAUCCCAUCCCCAGCUGCAUCCGCAUGUGUCCGAGCGCAGCUUGGUGCCCUACGACACCCACCACCUGCAGGCCGAGCUCCUCCACGGUCAAAUCGCCCGACGGAGGAAUUCCGAGUACGACGAGGACUUGACUCACGACGCCGAGCUCGUCGAUCCCGAGUACAUCUUCGACGAGAACGGCGACGGCAAGAGGGACGACGGCUCGCACCGCAACAAUAACAACAGACCAUCCGGGGGGGUCGACGACGGCCUCUUCGACGACAACGACGACGAGGAAAGGCGUUUGCAUGGGCCGUCGUCUCCCCGGUUACGUCCGGGCAACGACUACCCCGCGGCGUUCCCGGCGUUCGGGGGUGGCACGACGGCGCCCACCCCCGACAUGAACGUCUACCAGCAGAAGAAGACCAUAGCCCAGGGCAUGAUGGAUCUGGCGCUCAUCUCGGCCAACGCCAAUCAGUUUCGCUACGUGUUGCAGUCGAGCGGCCAGCACCCCUACUACUACCCCUCGCUCACCAUGAUCGGCCUGAGUCUCUUUCUGCAGGUGGUCGUCGGCAUCGGCCUCAUCUGGAACAGCCGCUACAACGUCAAGGUCGACGAGCAGAUGUGCAAAGCCAAUCGCGCCAACAACUGGACGGUCAUCUGCGUCUUCCUCGUGACGAUACUCAACGUCUUCAUCUCGUCCUUCGGGGUCGUCGACAACGUCCUCGUGGCCGUGCAGGCCAGCGACAAUCUGGCCCCCGUCACUUGACCAAAAUUCCUCGAGGCACUCGAGGCCGUCUGCAACGUUACGAUAAAUCGGGUCUCUAAAAUCGCUAGUCGAUGACCAAAUGACUUUACUCGACCUUUUACACUCACUUUUAGGCUGGUACCUAUCUUUUGUAUCUCUCUUGUAUUUCAAUCUGUAAUCUUCCAUGUGUGCAUUUAAUCCUUUGAUACUACCAUUGUUACCUCGAAUGUUGAUACUAAUAUUAUGUUUUUUAUUUUUAUAAGUAAAAUCUAUUAGCUGCAAUUGUACUUU